UAUACCACGUCUGAAAAUCCCAUGAAAAUAAAUCAUUUGUAAAUUCUUGAAAGAACAAAAAAUGUAUGGAUAUAAAUCACAAAUAUACAAUUUACCCACUUACAACAGUAAAAAUGAUAACAAAAAGUCACACAGUACAAUCCCAAUAUAAAAGAAUUCGAUUGUAAUACUACAAUCGGAGCACCAAUUAAAAUGCAGUACUGCACUGUAAAGUUAUGAAGACGGACUAGAAACUUACUUAUACUUAUUUACUUGUUUUGAAUAUUGUGAAUGUCGUACCAUUAAUAUGUUUAACUACAAGUAUCUCCUUCAAGUAUUCUGUUUUGGUAUUAUUUUGGUUGUUCAGAAAACUAUGCAAAACACAACGUUAUGUACUUUUCCACCUGGGUUUAAAUUUGGCACGGCUACAUCUGCGUAUCAAAUUGAAGGCGCAUGGAAUGUUUCCGGUAAGACUCCAAGUAUUUGGGACUUUGCAACACACAACAAUUUUGAAAGUAUUAUAGAUCGCAGUAAUGGCGACAUUGCAUGCGAUUCCUAUAAUCAAAUCGACGUGGACAUUGCAAAUUUACAGCUGCUCAAUGUAAGUUUUUAUCGCUUUUCGAUCAGUUGGACCCGUUUAUUACCAAACGCAGGCAACAACUUUAUCAAUCCAGAUGGCGUGCGGUAUUAUAACGAAGUCAUUGACAAAUUAAUCGCACACAACAUCGAUCCGAUGGUAACCAUUUUUCAUUGGGAUUUACCGCAGAGUUUACAAGAUCUUGGAGGAUGGACAAACAAACUCACUAUUGAAUAUUAUUUACAAUUUGCAAGAACUUGUUUCAGUUUGUUUGGCGAUCGUGUUAAAACUUGGAUUACAUUUAAUGAAAUUAGUAUGUAUUGUGUUUCGGCAUAUGACAAGAAAAGUCUUGCUCCAUUUGCAUCUUUAUCAGGAAUAGGAACUUAUUUAUGUGCACAUUAUAUGUUACUUGCACAUGGAAGAGCUUAUCGCAUUUAUAAAAAAGAUUUUAUACAUCAAAAAGGAAUUGUGGGUUUGUCAAUUGAUUCGCCCUGGUAUUUCCCGGCAACAAAUACUGCAAAUGACAAGAUGGCUGCUAUGCGUGCUAUAAUUACUGGCUUUGACUGGCUGGCACAUCCCAUAUUUUCUCAAACUGGCGAUUAUCCCUUAUUCAUGCGUAAAAGAAUAGAUUACAACAGUAAACAGCAGGGUUUCAAGGAAUCUCGUCUACCACGUUUUACCACUAAAGAAAAAGCAAUUCUUCAAGGCAGUGCCGAUUUUUUAGGGUUAAAUCAUUAUACAAGUAAACUAGCAUCAAUGCCCAUGUCAGAAAAAGCAAGUGAAAUGACGAGUUACGAAAUCGAUAGAAGUUUUGACAUUUCAUUUGAUCCAAAGUGGCCUAAAUCAGCAAGAAAUCAUUUUAAAGUGGUACCGCAAGGUUUAAGGAAAUUACUACUUUACAUUAGGGACACCUAUAACAAUCCGAUAGUUUAUAUCACCGAGAAUGGUUAUGCUGGGGACCACUCUGAGUACAUUGAUGAUCACGACAGAGUUAGUUACACUAACCUAUAUCUGACGGAAAUCUUGAAAGCAAUCGUCAUAGAUAAAUGUAAUGUGACGAAAUAUACAUCUUGGUCUUUUAUGGAUAAUUUUGAAUGGCAUGACGGCUAUACAUUGCGAUUUGGAAUGUUCCACGUAGAUUUUAAUGACCCGAAGAGGAAACGAACGCCUAAAAAAUCCAUGUAUGCUUAUAGAAAUAUUAUUAGGUUUGGUACCCUCCCCAGAUGUCUUAGUUUUGAAAAAUCCAUUUAAUACACUUAGAAUUCACUUACAUUUUUAUCACAAUAAUAUUCAACUAGUUAAACAGCGGACCCCGUUUUUGAAAUGUAAAGUGUAUGUUGACGACUGAAUCGUGUUUUUAAAACGUUCACCAAGGUUAAACAUGUAGUAUUUCCAUUAGUACAUAUUAA